UGCUGAUGGUUUAUAAAAAAAAAAAAGAUAUUAUCAGUAUAUUUUUCUUGCGGAUUAAUAUUGUCAGACAUCAAAGAAUGACAGUGAUUAAAAAUCACCCUUCAAAAAAGCUUGCACGGACGUUGAUAAAAACUUUUUAAGUCUCAUGUAAACUAUAAAAUGUUAUUAUUCUCAGCUGACUAGACUUGAUUAUUUAAGUAGCUAGCAAGCUUCAACAACGCUAUUCAUCAUUCACUCAGGAAACUCACUCUUAGCUUGGUCAAGAUGAAUACUCGACACACGUCACAAUAAUAACACUUGUUGUGUCGCGAUUUAUUGUAUAAUUUGUCAAUAGUCCCUUACUUAUGAGAAAGUUAUUGAAAAGUGUCUGACAGUGUUGUGUCUAAAUAAGAUUUAAACUUUAAAACUAAUUUUAAAUUUUGAUUAAAUAAUUUUUUUUUUAUAUCUAAAGAUAACAUGACCACAGAAGAAAAUAAUAUCUUUUUAAAAAGUGAUGAAGAAAAACAAUUAGAAAUUUUACAAGAUGUUAAUGUUGGAUGGAAAUUAUGGAAAAAACGUCGUAAUGUAGUUGGUAUCUUUACAUUUUUUGGAUUUUUUAUUGCGUAUAUACUCAGAGUAAGCCUGAGUAUUACAAUCGUUGUUAUGACCUCUAAUACAAAUGAGACGAAAGCAGAAUUUGAUUGGGACUCAAAGCUCCAAGGUUUUAUUUUGAGUUCAUUUUAUUAUGGAUAUAUUGCAACUCAAUGUUUGGGUGGUUUAUUGAGUGCAAGAAUUGGAGGAAAAAAUGUACUUGGUGUUGGAAUUGGAGCAUCAGCAUUGUUGACAUUAGUCACUCCUGUAUUUGCACGUAUUAGUGUUUAUCAUCUAAUUUGUUUACGAGUUCUCAUAGGACUAUUUGAGGGUGUUACAUUUCCUUCGGUAGCAUCGAUAUGGGCAAAUUGGGCACCACCACUUGAACGAUCAAAACUUUCAACUCUUGCUUUUUCUGGAAGUUCCGCAGGAGCUGUAUUUGCAAUGCCUGUAUCCGGUCUUAUUGCUGAAAGGCUUGGUUGGUCAGCUGUUUUUUAUAUAUACGGAUUUUUUGGAUUAAUAUGGUAUGCAAUGUGGCUGUAUUUUAUAUCAGAUAAACCUGAUGACGAUCCUUGGAUUUCACCUGUUGAACUUGAUUUUAUUAAACAAUCGUUGAUUGCUGAUACUCAAAAAACUAAAAAACCCAUAUCACAUCCUUGGAAAAGCAUAUUGAAAUCAGCACCAUUUUGGGCAAUCGUUGCUGCGCAUUUCAGUGAAAACUGGGGACAUCAAACGAUGUUAACGCAAUUACCAUCAUUUAUGAAAGAUGUAUUGCAUUUUAAAAUUGAAAAAACUGGUUUUGUAUCAGCACUUCCUUAUCUUGGAAUGACAAUCAUUGUUAUAUUCUCAGGUCAUCUUGCUGAUAUUUUACGAUCAAAAAAAUAUCUCACAACAACUCAGGUACGAAAAAUAUUUACUUGUGGAGCAUUUAUAGGUCAAUCAAUCUUUAUAGUCUUAUCUGGUUUUUUGAGUUCAAGUUUUCAAGUUAUUUUUUGCAUUACAAGUGCAAUAAGCAUUGGGGGUUUCGCAUGGUCAGGUUUUAGUGUUAAUUUCCUCGACAUUGCACCGAAGCAUGCCAGUGUUUUGUUGGGUAUAAGCACAACAAUAUCCAUGACGCCAGGAGUCAUUAGUCCAAUUCUCACCGGUUUUAUUGUCGAAGACAAGUCUGCUGCGAGUUGGAGAAUAGUUUUUAUGAUUGUCGGCAUAAUUUAUCUUGUUGGUGCUGUUAUUUACAGUUUAUUUGCUUCAGGAGAAAAACAAAAAUGGGCAGAUGAUGAAAAUACAACAAACAAAAAAAAUGAUACUGAGAAUAAAGAAAUCGCCUUGAAUGAAAUAAAAAGUAAUAGUAAUUAAUAGCCAAUAGUUUUUCGAAUUUUCUAAUGUGAUAAAUGCAAGAAUAUAUUAUUUGAUAACAUACCAGAAAAGUAUCCAGGAUGACCUUCUGUUUCAGACGAUGGACACAAAAAAAUAUUAUCAGUUUUUUUCACCAGCACUAAAUAAAUUUUUGAAAUAAUUGCGUAUGUCUUAGACUUGGUGUAAAAAACCAGCACUAAAUAAAAUUAAAAAAAAGUAAAAUAGAAUUUAAUAUUUUGGUUUUUAUUUUAUUCGAUAGUAACAAGUACCAAUAAAUGCAAAAAUAAUAUAAAAAAAAUACAAACUAGUAUUGAAAAGUACGAAAAUUACUUGAGAUGUACAAAGUGUCUUUGAGACAUAAAAACAGCCAUCAUCAGCAAUUUUAAUGCUGUCACGGAAUCACUUGAAUUUGCUCCAAAGAGAGAAUAAUAAUUUUCUACAACUUUUGCCACUUUGUUGAUUUCUUUCUUGAAAAGCAUUAUCUCAUUAUUUUUACAAACAGUUUCAUACAUUACAAAUGUUGAAUUCAUUAUCAAAUGAAAAACUUCACGAAGAUCUGGUUUUAAAGUGUUUACCAAAAAAGGAUUCAACGAAUCAGUAUAAGUUGGCCAAUCUUUAAUACAGGCUUCACAAUCACAAAUAAAAUUUGAAUGUGAUAACAUUUCAACUCGUUGUUUCUUAGUAUGUAUAAAAAAUUGACUCAUAUAAUUGUCAAAAAUUUGUUCACCUUUUUCGAUUGGACAAACAGCUGUAAGUACCAAUUUCUCACUUUGUCUUUUAAAUGUCACCAUCUUGAUACAGGAAUGAUUCAUAAAUGAAAAUGGUAUAACAACAGCUGAUGAUGUAUCUUUUAUGUCCUCGUACUUAUCUGGAGCUUGAACUUGAAGUAGAUUAUUGCGUGUAAUUGAAACAAUUUUAUCAAUAAAUCCAAUUAAAGAUAUAAA